AUGAUGAUCGAGAAACAUGUGUUGCUAGUAGAUGAUGCCAAAAGAACAUGGCACCACACGAAUCUGUCGAAAUCCGGCUCAGAUAAUCUGAGAGAAAUACUUCAUACAGGUCGUCGACGGUUCGCUUUGAAAAAAGUACAACCAUGGAACAGCGUCAAAGUGUCAUUUGACAUUCCAAAGGAAGCAGCAGAUCAACUUCGUUCACUUGCUGUGCAAGGUAAUGCACGUCUUAUCGAAUUAGGUAUAUUAACCGUCGAAAUUGUUGGACAAUCGAACGCAAUUGUCGUUAAUAAAUCACAGAAUUCAUUAGCAACAACAACGAAUAGUAGAGAAGCAACCGCAUCGCCUUCAGCUCACUCCAAUCCUGUACAAAAACCUUCAUCGGAUUUUAAACUUGAUGACCAUUCUGCUAAACGAGUAAAAAUCGAAGAAGAUAUCCAUCCAGUAACUAAUAAUCUCAUCCCAACAGCAUCAGCAAAUCCGACUAAUCUCAAUCCCACCACUCAUUAUCAGCCUCAACAAGUCAAUCAUCGAUACGAACAAGUACUACAUUCAACUUAUCCAAAGAACAGUGGUGUAACAAUGCCGAAUUCUUCACACGUUCAUGAUCAGUCACAAAAUUCUUGGUCAGGCUAUAAAGUAAAAGUUAACGGCGUACAUUAUUAUUCCUCGCAACAACCUUCGUACGACACGAGGAGAUACGAAACGAGUCUUUCAGCUCAAUGUUCCAAUCCAACAUCAACUACGAACACGCUUCAAUAA